CUCACGUGCACAGUACGAUAGUGGCAGGAAAAACUCCAGCAAUUAGCAAUCCAGCAACCCAUGCCUCCAAUAUGUCUUCCCAUCAUUCUCGCCUUUCUUUCUUAAUCUUAUCAAAUAUUCAUCACAUCAGGCCUGGCGAUAUUGAACGCAGAGUGUUUGGGUGUCAUUUUCUCCAGUUUUACACAAUGAUGGAACGCAAACCCCCGGCCGGAGCUCGCUUGAGGUGAUGAUCUGAAUUGAGAGAGGGAGCGCAGAAAAGGCAUCUUCCUCUGUGGGCGGGAAUUCUUGUGCAAUCAAACUGAGGAUUCGGGGGAGGAGGGCGAGCAGGGAAAGUGAAAGCCCUUCAGCACCACUCGCUUCUGGACAGCGUCUGGACUGCGUGGCGAAAAGGAGAUUUGAUUGAACACUGCAAACUGGAUUUUUUUUUCUUUUUAAAGACGCACUUAUUCUUAAUUGUGUCGCGCAAACAAAGAGGCAAGACGAGGAAGAAGGAGAAACAAGAAAACUGGACAGCAGCCGCAGAAGUUUACGUCGGAGUCACUUUGAGGAUUUGAGCGGCACUUGCUGUGCAGCCCACUGGGCCCUCCUGUGUAUUUUCACCCGCCUGAAGGACCGAGAGAGAGGCAGAAUCCCGGAGAAGCAGAGAAGAAAGGCUAACGUCUUUUUGUUUUGUUGAAGCCAUCUGAGAAUGCUCUUUGCAGUUUCAGUCUCUGCUCUUUCUGCACUGUUUAGGUCAUACACAUAGCCACCGCAUUCCAAUGCAGGAACACUGAAAGCAAAGAGGAAACGCGUCAGACACAAAGAGAGUGUCUAUCAUAAUUAGUGAAGUCGUCUCCGCUGUGGAAACCACGAAAGGAGACAUUUGAAGAUGACUUUUUUCUGAAAAAUACUGUUGCUAACCUUGAAGACAUUUGCAUGUGCGCACAUCUUUUUCAUACUCAAAGGACUAGAAUUUGUACUUGGAUGCAGAUUUAGUCUUUCAUAAUGACCCCGCGAGGAGGCUUUGGCUGGUGCGGCUGGCUGUCGCUGCUUGCUUGUUAUUUCUUUAUCGCCUUGGCAGCCAAACCCAGAAUGCCCGGGCACACACACCUCAACUCAAUACGCAUUGAUGGGGACAUAUCACUGGGUGGGCUCUUCCCAGUGCAUGCAAGAGGAAACGACGGCAAAGCCUGUGGUGAGCUGAAGAAGGAGAAGGGGAUCCACAGGUUGGAGGCUAUGCUAUUCGCCCUGGACCGCAUCAAUAAUGACAAUGAGCUGCUGCCUAACAUCACUUUGGGGGCACGCAUCCUGGACACCUGCUCCCGCGACACUCAUGCUCUGGAACAGUCGCUGACAUUUGUACAGGCUCUGAUUGAGAAGGACUCAACCGACGUCAAGUGUCUCAGCGGAGGGCCGCCCAUCAUCACAAAACCGGAGAGAGUGGUCGGAGUGAUCGGCGCAUCUGCCAGCUCCGUGUCAAUCAUGGUGGCCAACAUACUGCGUCUGUUCAAGAUCCCUCAGGUGAGCUAUGCCUCCACAGCUCCGGAGCUCAGCGACAACACGCGUUAUGACUUCUUCUCUCGAGUGGUGCCACCCGACACCUACCAGGCCCAGGCCAUGGUGGACAUCGUCAAAGCCAUGCGCUGGAACUAUGUGUCCACUGUAGCCUCCGAAGGAAACUACGGCGAAAGUGGCGUGGACGCAUUCAUUCAAAAGUCUCGUGAGGAUGGUGGCCUGUGCAUCUCCCAGUCUGUGAAAAUCCCUCGUGAACCAAAAACUGGGGAAUUCGACAAGAUUAUACGAAGGCUGAGUGAGAACCCAAACGCCCGAGUGGUCAUUAUAUUUGCCAAUGAGGACGACAUCAGGCGGCUGCUAGAAGCGGCGAAGAAGGCCAAUCAAACAGGCCACUUUAUCUGGGUGGGUUCAGACAGCUGGGGGUCCAAAAUCUCCCCAAUACUGAACCAGGAAGAGAUGGCUGAAGGCGCCGUGACCAUCCUGCCAAAACGACAGUCCAUCAAAGGCUUUGAUCGCUACUUCAUCAGUCGAACACUGGAGAACAACAGGAGAAACAUCUGGUUUGCAGAGUUCUGGGAGAACAACUUCCAGUGCAAACUAAGCCGGCAUGCUGUGAAGAAAGGCUCUGGCAUCAAAAAGUGCACAAAUCACGAGAGGAUUGGUAAAGAUUCCUCCUAUGAACAAGAGGGAAAAGUCCAGUUUGUGAUUGACGCGGUUUAUGCCAUGGCUCACGCGCUGCACAACAUGCACAAAGACCUCUGCCCUGGGAAAAUUGGCCUCUGCUCCAAGAUGGAGACCAUCAAUGGCACACUGCUGCUCAAAUACAUUCGAAAUGUCAACUUCUCAGGAAUUGCUGGCACGCCGGUGGUCUUCAACGUAAACGGAGACGCUCCUGGUCGUUAUGAAAUCUACCAAUACCAGAUGACAAAUAACACCACAGAGUACAAAAUCAUCGGCCACUGGACCGACCAGCUGCACUUAGAUACAGAGGAGAUGCAGUGGCCAGGUGGAACUCAAGAGGUGCCCUCCUCCAUAUGCAGCCAACCGUGCCGAGCUGGCCAGCGGAAGAAGACCGUGAAAGGAAUUCCAUGUUGUUGGCACUGCGAGAAUUGCGACGGCUACCAGUAUCAGGCGGACACUUACACCUGCAAGAUGUGUCGCUUUGACCUGAGGCCCAAUGAGAACCACACCGGCUGCGUUCGCAUUCCCAUUGUCAAGCUGGAGUGGAGCUCCCCAUGGGCUGUCAUCCCCGUCCUCAUUGCUGUCCUGGGCAUCAUGGCGACACUGUUUGUUGUUGUCACCUUUGUACGCUACAAUGACACACCUAUUGUUAAGGCCUCAGGGCGAGAACUGAGCUACGUGCUUCUGACCGGUAUCUUCUUGUGCUAUGCCACAACGUUCCUGAUGAUCUCUGCCCCUGAUGUGUUUAUAUGCUCGCUGCGCAGGAUCUUCCUGGGCCUGGGUAUGAGUAUCAGUUAUGCAGCAUUGCUCACGAAGACUAAUCGCAUCUACAGGAUUUUUGAACAGGGCAAAAUGUCAGUCAGCGCCCCUCGAUUCAUCUCCCCGGCCUCACAGUUGGUCAUCACAUUCAGCUUGAUUUCCGUUCAACUUCUCGGGGUGUGUAUCUGGUUUGGUGUUGACCCAUCCCAAGCCAUCAUCGAUUACGAGGACCAGCGUACAGCUAAUCCUGAUAUGGCCCGUGGAGUUCUAAAGUGCGACAUAUCGGAUCUGUCCCUCAUCUGUCUGUUGGGUUACAGCAUGCUUCUGAUGGUCACCUGCACCGUUUACGCCAUCAAAACCAGAGGGGUGCCAGAGACUUUUAAUGAAGCCAAACCUAUCGGCUUCACCAUGUACACCACUUGCAUCGUAUGGCUUGCCUUCAUCCCCAUCUUCUUUGGGACGUCACAAUCGGCAGAAAAGAUGUACAUCCAGACCACAACAUUGACAAUCUCUGUGAGCCUGAGCGCAUCUGUCUCUUUGGGAAUGCUUUACAUGCCCAAGGUCUACGUGGUUCUCUUUCAUCCGGAGCAGAACGUACCGAAGCGCAAGCGCAGCCUGAAGGCUGUGGUCACUGCUGCCACCAUGUCCAGCAAGUUCAACCCAAAAGGUGGUUUGCGGCCCAAUGGGGAGGCCAAGUCAGAACUCUGUGAAAGUCUGGAAACACAAGCGUUGGCCUCCAAGCAGACGUAUAUAAGCUACAGCAACCAUGCCAUUUAAGGAGUUGAGCGUGGGGCUGCCUAAGGAGAAAUUGCCUGAUUCUGGGGAUAACAGUGAAGGGGAGAUUCUGGAUGAGCUGCUGCAGCAGUGAGCAAGGACAGGAUUGGAAGGAUGUCAUAUUCUUUUUAAAUAAUAAAAGGCCACAUUUAUCAGAAAUGAGUAGAAUGCAAGAGAUAAAAAGCCGACUGGACCAUUAAUUUCCCCCUUCCAUACCUGAAAUGUUGGGCUGUGAUGUUUUCAAAUGCAGGUUGGGUGAAGCACGUGAAGCUAACAGUAUAUUUUACUUAUGAAGUGUAUAGCCUCUCCCGGGCUGAGCCAUUUGACAUUUCGACAUUUUCGGGGGCGGGGGGCGGGUAUGUCUGAUUUUGCAAGUGAAACAAAAAAUAUCAUUGUUAGUCAAGUUGUGAGUUGCAGUAUUCUUCAAACUGUACAUGCCUUACAAGAGUCCAUCGAGUAUUGCAACAUGAAUUAUCCAUACCUGGAUACCUGGAUGUGACAUAUGUUUUUCUUUUCUUUUAUGUUUUUUAUUUUCUUUUUUUAUCUUCCAUAUUUAUGUCUAUGACACCAUCAUUUUUGGCAAAAACUAGUGUACAGUCCCAGAGCAUGCUUGUGGGAGCACCACUUGUACUGUGCUGUGUUGUCAAUGGAAUGCGACGUUUGUCAUGGUUGUCAUUUUCAGUGAGGACCAUGAGCAACCCUCUGAUAUGUACUGUAAACACAACAAGGCAACCAGCUGAAACCUAGCUGGUAUGUUUACAAAAAACAGAGGAAUUGGAGUCUUACUUAAACAUCCAGAUUUUAAUGACCCUUAUUUAUCACUGGACUAUGUUUUCACUUAUAGUUACAAUUGUUUUUGUAGUUCUUAAAAGGAAAACUACGUUUUUUUCCCCAUGUGAGACAAGAACACGUCUUUCCCUUUUCUAUGUGUUCUCGAUAGCCGCCUCAUGCUAGCAGUUUCUCACUAAGCCUUGGUCACAACCCACCCUGUGCGUGUUUUUAGUCCGUGCGUUUUUUGGGGAGGCCACGGCCGCCAUGUUUUUCUGACAACAUGGGGAGGGAGUGACAAGAGCAGGGAGGGAGCACGUCACUCGCACAGUUGCGCAAGGUGUAAGCAUGUGGCCCGCACGCCACGCCCGGUCGUGAGCAGUUGCGUGCAUCCUACGUUGUGCACGGGGUAAGUGAGUUGUACGUGCUUACAAUGUGCUCGCAAUGUAUGAUUUCCGUACGUACGGUGUCCUUACUCACUCGCAUGUUGGAAGUGCGUGCAAGUGAGAUGAAGGUGAGUUUUUCCCGACCUUCCGAGGUUGCCCAGAAGUCUCUGCUGCUGCCGCCUGAAGGUGCCGCCCAUUCCACUGCAGAGACUGCAGGUUCUGAUGCUGCAAGAGUAGCUUGAAGUGGCAGCGCACCUCCAGCAGAAACAUCUGACUCUUCUUUGCUCCGACCCCAGUGUCCUCGGCAUUAAUCUAAGAACUUAUUGCUGAUUCUUAUCUAUCCAGGAGGCUGCUACCGAUGCAGCUGCAUCUCUCGCUUGUCAAACCGGAUAUCCGGUCGCAUCGAUUUAACGUUCACAACCCAACAAUAUAGUUGUGAUAUCAAGCACUAUGUGCUCCAUGUAUCACAAUCAAUACUAUCGCCAGUUGUCUGUCUGGUCCAGCUGGCCUGGGGCGUUUUUUCCAGUUGAUUUUGAGGAGGGGGAAAAAUUUCUUCCACUGAAGAGUUAGUUAACGCUAGCAAUUCUUCGUUGGUUGUGAUGCAGUCUCUUGGAGCAGUGUCCUCCUCGCCAGAUACUUGAAGCCUUUCCAUUGCUGGUAACAGCAGAAACGCUCACUUUCUGUCAGCUCCACAUUUAUACCACCAAGUCAUACUGGUCAUGACUUUCUCGACCCCCAUCUCACCCUCUCUUCUGGCCCGCUCAGUUUCUAAACGCUGUAGCUCAUCCAAAGUAUAUUGACGCUCAAAAAGAUAAGGUUCUAGAUCCUCAUUUGCCCCAAAGUAUUCGCCGGCUGCCCUCACGAAGUCUUCCACAGCAAACACUUAAUGCGCUCUGCAUGCUGUUGUUGACGGAAGUAGCGUUAGUUGCUAUGUGGUCUGGGAAAUCAAUGUGCCCAGGGAAGAAGUUUUGGUAAUGUUUAAAAUGACCAAAAUACUGUAAGUUAUACUCUAAGUAUUAAAUGUUAAAGUUGGAAGAUUUGGAGGGUUUUUUUUUUUUUAUAGGCGGAAUAGAUGAAACCCAAUUACAGCCGUUCUUAGUGGAAAACUUGCCAGCACGAGGCGGCUAACUAGAACGCACAGAAAAGCGUGUUUUCCUGUCUCACAUAGGGAUUGUGGAUAAUGGGCAAAAUUCCAGUGAAGUGAAGUGAGGUUUUCCUUUAAAGAACAGUAUUAAGUAAUUCCAGACAUAACUGCAGUAGCAAAAAUUCACUGAGGCUACUCUGCACCCUUUGGAUAAAAAAAAAACAUUUACAUUUAAAAGUGAGCAUUUUGCAGCUGGAUAAAUAAGGGCCAUCACUUUCAUUUUGUGCUUUAACUAUUUUAUGUCCAUGGACCAUUCAUGGUGUUGAACACGUUGCAUAAAGUCAGAGUGUAUUCCGUUCAAACACUAGGAAAAGCUCAGUGUACAAAAUCUUAAAUGUGUAAACUCCAUUUCUGUCUUGAGUCUCUAAGGUUUUCCUUUGGUAUUCCUCGUAAAAAAGAGCAACUCUGGAAUUUGUCACAAUAAAUCUUAUCCUCAGCGAUGCAGAAUAUGUAUGUUGCAUGUCAAAAAAUGUAAGUCAUGUGAACAAUUUGAUAUUCAGGUGUGAUGUUCAGGAGGGAAACUACAGCAGAGAAUUAUAAAUAACCAGUUGUUUUGGUUUAAUCAAGAAAUUCUCGCAGAUCUCAGCUUGAACAAGGUUCAAAGUUGUAUUUUGUUAUUUGGACAAAGUAUUGUUUGUGGGAAAUGUGUUUGUGAAUAUGAAUAUACUUAACUGCUUUUUUUUGUCACAAUCUCGCUUUUAUUUUUUCUAAAACACUGUUACAAAAAUAGAAUAUGUAAGUGCUGAUUGAAAAUAAGUGGUAAGUAAAUGUAUGUUAUUCAACCGGUUUGAUCCUGUUUGCUUUAUGUACGAAAUUAUUUAAAAAAGAAACAAAAAUAAAUACAGUGCCUGGAUAUUUAUGAAUUAUCUAUAGAAAAGAAUACAGAUGUGUAGAGCAUGUUCAUUUUUAUACAA